AUGAACACUUCAAGGACCAGAGUUCUCCGUGAUACCCCGUAUCGCUAUUUGUAUGGCCAAGAUCCUCACCCGGAUGAUACUGUUAACCAAGAAUACAUUGACCGGUCCUUAAAUGGGCAACAUGUGGUGGAUGGCGAAGCUGUUGACGCCAUCCCUGAAAUGGUUGAAGUUUACCAAAGCGGAGAAGGUGAUGACGAAAGCCGUUCUCAGGAUGUUGCAAAUACAAUGCUUUCUUCACAAGAAGAGGAUACAGAGCCGGAGGAUGACGAUGGUGGUGAUGAUGGUAGCCUUGACUCUGGAGAGGAUGACGAUCAUGGUGAUGAUGGCAAUCUUGACUUUGGAGAUGAUGAUGGCAGCAUUGGCUUUGGAGACGAUGAAGGUGGAUCUCAUGCAUCAAAUGAUACCUAUUCAAAUGCCAUUGUUGCCAAUACUGCUACAGAACGUCUGCAGGUGGAGGAAGGUCAUGGUGUUAUUGAUGAGACGAGCUCGAACAGUGAAUCUGGUGACACCGCAACAGCCCCAUUUCUCGAAUUGCGUGGUCCCGGCGGCCGUGGAUUGAUGACCAUACCUAUUGAAGAUGCCGACGGCGUUCGUGGCAUCUAUGACACCAGCUUUAGAUCCAACGUUCGUCAUGCCUACCGAAUUGGUGUCAAUGGUGAACGUGUACCAGUGGAAUUGGAUGACAUUUUGAAUAGUGACGAUGAUCAUGGCAUUGCACCUCCUUCACCUUUAUCAUUGUCAAGCACUGAACCAUUGGCCCGAAAUGAAGAGUUUGAUGGCCACGCAAAUUCCGAGCACUUUACUAGCAAUGAUGAUCAUCAAGAUGGUGGCAGCCUUAGUGAUGUUUCGAUCAAUCGCCAUAGUGCCAUUCGGAAUGCAGCAGCAACACACUACAACAACAACGUAGAAUCCAUUCAACAACAGCUACUUGCUAGGCAACCACCAACUCCGCAAUAUCAUGUUGGUGACUACGUGGGAGUGCACAUCGACAUUCGUGACCGAAGCAAGCGUCACCCAAGCUGUCGUAAGUAUAAAGUGCGAUGCAAGCAUGGCCUGAUCCAAACAGCCUACCAUGGAAGGGAGCUAAAAGAUUUCACGCACCACGAGUUUCAUGACUUGGAAUCCAUUGCAAGGUCACCAAUCGACGACAACACGCCAACAAUUUCUGUUCGAGAGGCAGCAAGGUUAAGUCGCCAAUCGCAAGCACCACCUGUACCUCAAGUAUGCAAUUGCACCACUGCAUGUAAGACCAAUCGUUGCCCAUGUCGACGCAUCAACGCAUAUUGCAAUGAUGGUUGCCAUCGGGGAACACAUUCGGGUUGUACCAAUUCCCAUGACCGCCACAAUGACAAUGGCCAUAACAAAAGGCGCAAGACACAACGCAAACGCCCAAGUGGUCCUAGACGUAUCACACGAUCCCAUACAACACGGCAAACAAGAUCAUCAAGACGCCCAGUAGAGCAUGUCGCAAUACAAUGA